UCGGCACUUCACCCACUUGCUAGUGGAGAUAUGCGGCAAGUGUUACGGUUCAGCCGUAAGUCCGAACGGACAUAGCGAAUGAUAACAGACGCCACCUUGCCAGUUCCAUUUAUCUGUUUCGUUUCACUCAUGUAGGUUCAAGUAUGGCCGGACUGUUUAUUUUGUUUGGCCUCCCUGUAUAUAAGGCGUUGACCAGCAAUGACAAAUUCUUCAGAGCACCACCUACUUAGCGCCGAGAGGUUCGCAAGGUCGUUUCCUGUCUGAAAUUCCAUCCUGGCAGUGCCAAUAUAUCAUUUCCUCCAUGACUGAGGCCACAAUAGAGCUGCUCUUAUUUCUACAUAUGGCCUCAGUUGGUGGGCGCCUGCGGCUUUUAAUUCCAUUCAUCUGGUUCGAUCCCCACGCGCAGCGAUUCUGCCCGUUAUACUCUGGACAAACCCUCAGCUGUUAGCAUAUUUUUCCGCUAUCAUGCCUUCUGGUGACUCGGAGCAGGUAGCUGGGGACGUCUCUGGGAAUGUACCAGUCGAGACGAAAGAGCAGAUCUUAAAGGUUCACCACCUAGGGGGGAAUGACUUUGCUGCCCACAUUGUGAGAAAGUUAAGGAUAAUUAGUGCAGAUUUUGAGCCAAUGUUGGAAGGGCGUAAGGAGCAAGUGGUUGUGGUGUCCGAGAUCGAAGUCACUCCAGAUAUGUGUAACUUUUGGCGAACAAUGCAUGGAGGGUGUACCGCUACAAUACUAGAGACUGCCACAUCACUUCCCGUUCCUGCGUUUAUACGAUCAGAAGAGUGGUUAUAUAGUGGUGUCUCAUCCUCUCUCUCCAUCAAUUACUACCUACCCGCAGGACUUGGAGAGAAAUUAAAAGUGAUCGCCACCACCAGGGCUGGGGGAAAACGUUCCGUCACUGUUCAAGGAGAGAUAUGGUCCAAGAAUGGCCUGGUUGCUUCUUGCGUCCAUGUGAAGAUGGUGCCAAAAACUAAACUAUGAUAUUUGCUACCUCAAAGAUAAGGACGAAGAUCAUCCACACCCCAUCACCUAUCUCCAAUUUUUCUUGUUGUCGCGUCACCAAGUUGUUCCUUCUAUCUCCAAGCUUGUAUCUGUUUUUGUGCACACACUUGUUUCGUCGUCUCUUUCCUUCUCCACUGGUUACGGUGCCUGUCAGGGUCAGCUUCAUGCUAUGCCACCUCCAAUUCCAUGGACAAACCAUGCUAAGGCACUUUAGACCUGUCGCGAUGCCGCUGUUUUCUUUUUGGGAAAUGGCUGUAAUGUUGAGGCGGCAUUCUG